AUGAAGGUCAGGACAGCUGGAUUUGCGGAGAUUGACGCAGAGAAUGACUCUGACGAGGAAGAAGACCAAGUCAGGCCUGCUAGGAUGCAGUUUGGUGGAGGUAUCAAGAAGAAAGAAAAAGCAAAUCCCCAGGCAUCUGUACCCUUUGAGAAGGCGGAAAACUCAGAAGGCGAGAUAAGUUCUUCAGGCGAGGAUAUCGACUCGGACGACCCCACUGCAGAGCUGAUACGAGAGACGAAGCGCGAAGUGGCUGCCGAGCGACGUGAGUCCCGAAAAUCACGAGCGAGUAUGGGCAGUGAUGCGGCGCGAGCACCGCCUCAACCAAUUGAUGAGGAUAUGUACUUGGGCAAUCUUACAUCCUUGUCUGGCGGAACAGGUGGUAGCAGGCCGGCUGGCCGUGACAUGAGCCAAGUGGAGUGUUAUCAAUGUGGAAAGCUGGGACACAUGGCGACCAGCUGUCCGAAGAAAGCUGGACCACGAGGAUCUGCAGGGAGAGGUAGGGGCAAAGGCAGGAGGUGA